AUGGCCUCUUUUGGGAGAAAAUGGGUAUACGUGUUGUCUAAACACCCUAAUCCAUCCCUAACUCUUAUAAUUAGUCAAAUGCAUUGGAUUGUGAAACAUUUUGACCAUAAAAACACUAACAAAACUGGAGAAAAUAGCCUCUUCUGGGAGAAAUUGGGAGAAAAUGGGUAUAAGUGUUGUCUAAACACUCCUAAUCCAUCUCUAACUCUUAUAAUUACCUCUUCUGGGAGAAAUUGGCCUCUUCUGAGAGAAAAUGGGUAUAAGUGUUGUCCAAACACUCCUAAUCUAUCUUUAUCUCUUAUAAUAACCUCUUUUGGGAGAAAAUGGGUAUACGUGUUGUCUAAACACUCUAAUCCAUCCCUAACUCUUAUAAUUAGUCAAAUGCAUUGGAUUGUGACACAUUUUGACCAUAAAAACACUAACAAAACUGGAGAAAAUGGGUAUAAGUGUUGUCUAAACACUCCUAAUCCAUCUCUAACUCUUAAAAUUACCUCUUCUGAGAGAAAAUGGCCUCUUUUGGGACAAAAUGGGUAUAAGUGUUGUCUAAACACUCCUAAUCCAUCUCUAACUCUUAUGAUUAGUCAAAUGCAUUGGAUUCUGACACAUUUUGACCAUAAAAACACUAACAAAAACUAUUUUAAAGAGAAAAUAGCCUCUUUUGGGAGAAAAUGGGUAUACGUGUUGUCUAAACACCCUAAUCCAUCCCUAACUCUUAUAAUUAGUCAAAUGCAUUGGAUUGUGAAACAUUUUGACCAUAAAAACACUAACAAAACUGGAGAAAAUAGCCUCUUCUGGGAGAAAAUGGUCUGUUUUAGGAGAAAAUGGCCUCUUCUGGGAGAAAUUGGGUAUAAGUGUUGUCCAAACAUUCCUAAUCUAUCUUUAUCUCUUAUAAUUAGUCAAAUGCAUUGGAUUGUGACACAUUUUGACCAUAGAAACACUAACAAAACUGGAGAAAAUGGGUAUAAGUGUUGUCUAAACACUCCUAAUCCAUCUCUAACUCUUAUAAUUACCUCUUCUGAGAGAAAAUGGCCUCUUUUGGGACAAAAUGGGUAUAAGUGUUGUCUAAACACUCCUAAUCCAUCUCUAACUCUUAUGAUUAGUCAAAUGCAUUGGAUUCUGACACAUUUUGACCAUAAAAACACUAACAAAAUCUGUUUUAGGAGAAAAUGGCCUCUUUUGAGAGAAAAUGGCCACUUUAGGGACAAAAUGGACUAUUUUAAAGAGAAAAUAGCCUCUUUUGGGAGAAAAUGGGUAUACGUGUUGUCUAAACACUCUAAUCCAUCCCUAACUCUUAUAAUUAGUCAAAUGCAUUGGAUUGUGAAACAUUUUGACCAUAAAAACACUAACAAAACUGGAGAAAAUAGCCUCUUCUGGGAGAAAAUGGUCUGUUUUAGGAGAAAAUGGCCUCUUCUGGGAGAAAUUGGUCAAAUGCAUUGGAUUGUGACACAUUUUGACCAUAGAAACACUAACAAAACUGGAGAAAAUGGGUAUAAGUGUUGUCUAAACACUCCUAAUCCAUCUCUAACUCUUAUAAUUACCUCUUCUGAGAGAAAAUGGCCUCUUUUGGGACAAAAUGGGUAUAAGUGUUGUCUAAACACUCCUAAUCCAUCUCUAACUCUUAUGAUUAGUCAAAUGCAUUGGAUUCUGACACAUUUUGACCAUAAAAACACUAACAAAAGUCCUCUUUUGGGAGAAAAUAGGAGAAAAUGGCCUCUUCUGGGAGAAAUUGGGUAUAAGUGUUGUCCAAACAUUCCUAAUCUAUCUUUAUCUCUUAUAAUUAGUCAAAUGCAUUGGAUUGUGACACAUUUUGACCAUAGAAACACUAACAAAACUGGAGAAAAUGGGUAUAAGUGUUGUCUAAACACUCCUAAUCCAUCUCUAACUCUUAUAAUUACCUCUUUUGGGAGAAAAUGGGUAUACGUGUUGUCUAAACACUCUAAUCCAUCCCUAACUCUUAUAAUUAGUCAAAUGCAUUGGAUUGUGACACAUUUUGACCAUAAAAACACUAACAAAACUGGAGAAAAUGGGUAUAAGUGUUGUCUAAACACUCCUAAUCCAUCUCUAACUCUUAUAAUUACCUCUUCUGAGAGAAAAUGGCCUCUUUUGGGACAAAAUGGGUAUAAGUGUUGUCUAAACACUCCUAAUCCAUCUCUAACUCUUAUGAUUAGUCAAAUGCAUUGGAUUCUGACACAUUUUGACCAUAAAAACACUAACAAAAGUCCUCUUUUGGGAGAAAAUAGGAGAAAAUGGCCUCUUCUGGGAGAAAUUGGGUAUAAGUGUUGUCCAAACAUUCCUAAUCUAUCUUUAUCUCUUAUAAUUAGUCAAAUGCAUUGGAUUGUGACACAUUUUGACCAUAGAAACACUAACAAAACUGGAGAAAAUGGGUAUAAGUGUUGUCUAAACACUCCUAAUCCAUCUCUAACUCUUAUAAUUACCUCUUUUGAGAGAAAAUGGCCUCUUUUGGGACAAAAUGGGUAUAAGUGUUGUCUAAACACUCCUAAUCCAUCUCUAACUCGAGAAAAUGGGUAUAAGUGUUGUCUAAACACUCCUAAUCCAUCUCUAACUCUUAUAAUUACCUAUUUUAAAGAGAAAAUAGCCUCUUUUGGGAGAAAAUGGGUAUACGUGUUGUCUAAACACUCUAAUCCAUCCCUAACUCUUAUAAUUAGUCAAAUGCAUUGGAUUGUGACACAUUUUGACCAUAAAAACACUAACAAAACUAGAGAAAAUGGGUAUAAGUGUUGUCUAAACACUCCUAAUCCAUCUCUAACUCUUAGAAUUACCUCUUUUGGGACAAAACGGCCUCUUUUGGGAGAAAAUGGGUAUAAGUAUUGUCUAAACACUCCUAAUCCAUCUCUAACUCUUAUAAAAUGUCAAAUGCAUUGGAUUGUGACACAUUGUGACCAUAAAAACACUAACAAAACUCCUCUUUUAGGAGAAAAUAGCCUCUUUUGGGAGAAAAUGGAUGCAAUGGGUCAGGUUGUCGAUCAGUCUGGAAUCCAAGAUCUUAACGCUAACAACAAGCCCACCAAAAAAAUCGAUUUCCAUUUGAGAGAUCAGAAUGACACUCGCUUGGCAUGUAUACUUUGGGGGAAGUAUGCUGAGAUUGUUGACCAAGCUUUUGACUAA